AUGUCGGAAAUCGAGGAAACCAUUCAGGUUCAAGUUAAUGGGAAAGACAAGGUAGAAAUCGACCCAACCUUUGUCGAAAGUGCAGAUCCCAUAGAUCGAGCUGCUGUCCUAAAACUUCUUCGCAAGCAAGAUCUAAAACUUAUCCCUAUACUUUGCGUCUUGUAUUUCUUAAACUAUAUUGAUCGUGCCAAUAUUAGUAAUGCCAAAGUCGGAACAUUAGAAGUCGACUUGAAUAUCUCAUUAGACCAAUAUCAAUGGGCACUCUCUAUAUUUUACUUUGGCUACAUCAUCUUUGAACUUCCUUCUAAUAUUAUCCUAAGACGUUGGCGUGCGUCCUACUGGUUUGCCAUUCUUACAUGUUCCUGGGGUAUCUGUGCAACAUGUAUGGGUGCUGUGGAGAACUUUUCCGGACUUGCCCUGACCCGAUUUCUACUUGGUCUUACAGAAGCUGGUUUCUUUCCGGGUGUGGUCUACUACGUGUCUACAUGGUAUACACGCCAAGAAACUGGUUCAAGACUUGGGUUCUUUUGGUCCUUUGGAUCCCUUGCUGGAGCUUUUAAUGGUCUAUUGGGCUAUGGUCUUUUACAGAUAAAUGACAGUAGCUUAGAGUCAUGGAAAUGGAUGUUUAUUAUCGAGGGGCUUCCUUCUAUACUCAUAUCCCCCUUUGUUGCAUGGUACCUACCGGAUACCCCUGCCACUGCCAAGUUUUUGACAAGCGAUGAGAAACAAUUGGCUGUCAGACGAAUUGCUGAAGAUGCUGGGCCCGCUCACGAUGAAUCAUGGUCUUGGAUGCAAGUCGUUUCCGUAUUCAUGGAUUGGAAGACAUAUGUUUUCAUUGUGAUAUACAUCCUGGGUACCGUCCCCCUGCAAGGGAUCGUUCUCUUUUUGCCUUCAAUAAUUUCCAAUAUGGGAACAUGGUCGGAUCCUGUCGUACAACUUCUUACGAUUCCACCCUACAUCAUGGCAUUUUUGGGAAUUCGGUUUAUGGCCCACUGUUCCGGCAACUACUUUGAUUCAUCCACUCAUAUGAUUGGUAUCAACAUCAUUUUGAUGGUCGGCUUUUUGAUUCUUAUGUUUGCCCCUGUCAGCAAUGUCGCUGCAAAUUACGUUGGUGCCUGUAUUGUCACAAUUGCCGUAUAUGCCAACGCUGCGGUAAAAGCGCCCUGGUUCAACAGCAACUAUGGAGGUCUGACACGUAGAGCUGUAGCUUCAGCCGUUAUUGUCUCUGUCGGUACGAUUGGUGGUGCAAUCGGUGGUCAAAUAUACUAUGACCCUCCGACAUAUUUUGCUGGUAACACUAUUGCCUUUUCUUGUGUGGGUGCACAGACAAUUGUUGUGAUCAUUGCCAGAACCCUAUUGAGCCGUGAAAACAAACGUCGCGAGUUACUGAAUCAAGAACAGAAGGACUAUGAGCUUCUCAAGUACGGAAGUGUACAAAUUGCCGGAGACAGACACCCUGAUUUUAGAUAUGAUCUUUAA